AUGUGCUAUGGUGUUCAUCUUAGAUAUAAGUGGCCGAAACAUCGCUUUAGUUGCUCUAACCUAUCAAGGGCAACCGAAGAAGAGCUUUUCGAAAUCUUAGAAAAUUCAGAAAUUGAACAACUAAUCCAUACUGAUAGCACGCCUUUACAACCUGGAUUACCAAUACAGAUUGUCAAGGCGGCAGAAUGGAUAAAGUGGAUAGAUGAGGACGAGGAAGAGCUUCGGCUUCUCGAUAUCGGCGAAAGUUUCAUCCAGGGAAAAGAACCUGAAAAGCUCGCUCAGCCUAGUUUCUCACAACUCCUUUGA